AUGCGCCUCCUCUCCCUCUCGGGCCUCGCCGCCCUCCUCCCGCUCACCGCGUCCGCGGCCACCGUGACGCUCUACGUCGGGCCGUCGCACCACCUCUCGGGCAACGGCGCGGGCCAGGCGUCGCUGCCCUCGAGGACGCACGCGACGCUAAGCGCGCUGGGAGCGCAGUACACGGCGCACCUGACGCCGUCGGGCGAAUUCGUGUUCCGCAACGUGUCGGGGGUUCUCUCCAUCUUUAGCAUCCUCAAGAACCCCAUGAUCUUGCUGGGUUUGGUCAGCAUGGGCCUGUUUGUCGGCAUGCCCUACCUCGUGGACAAUAUGGACCCGGAGAUGAAGGCCGAAUUCGAAGAGAGGCAGAAGAGCAGCCCGAUGAACAAUCUCCUGGCUGGUCAGGCGAGCGGCGGCAAUCCCAUGGGCAACUUCGACAUGGCGGCCUUCCUUGCGGGAUCGAACAAGAAGGAGGGCUCCGGAAGGGGCGCCGACGAUGGCGUUGUGAGGAGGUAG